AUGCGGAACAGGGACUAUAAAAUCGUUUUCAUUUCACUCUGUGUUCUACACCUCUCCACUCUCUGUGAAGGCCGUCCCUUAAGUAAAAGGACGGUGAGUGAGGUCCAGCUCAUGCACAACCUCGGGGAGCACAAGCAGGUGCAGGAGCGCCGGGAGUGGCUGCAGAUGAGGCUCCGGGGCAUCCACACCGCCGCAGCCCGGGGCAGCAGCGGGGAAGUGGGCCGGACGAGGAGGCGGCUGCGUCCCGAGGAGCUGCCCGACCUGACACCAGAAGAGAUUCAAUACGCUUUGAACUUCUUGGAAAAGCUCCUCAAGUCAAGGCAGUCGUGA